CGACACGGCAGUCAGGCUGAAUCAAUACCGCCAGCUGUACUGAUACGCCUUAUGACGAUGAAGCUGAGCGUUUUCAAAGACGACCAACUUUAUUCAUCAUGAAACAAAGCUCAGACUCACAGUCUGAUGACUACUUACAAAUCUAGCUGACUUAUCAUCGACUUGACGAAACCAUGAACGGCGCAUCACGCCCCUGCCAUACCUGCGUUGCAAGCCACAACCACAAUGGACGGCCUCAUAUUGUAGAGUCGGCCAUAUACAACCCCGAAGACGGGAAUUCGUACUGCUCACGGCAUCGAUGCACCCUUCCCGGCUGCACCAGGCCCCGGGAUGGCUUUUCAUUGUGGUGGUGCAAGAACGAGGACCACAAGUCGGGGGCGAUGGCUCCAUCUAAAGAUGCGUCCAACGGGACACCCAACGAUCCGCCCCAGCCCCAGGACUGGGUUUGCGGAACUUGUACCGUCCGCGUUGAAGAUCUAGACAUGGCAUACUCCACUGACGGACUGAUGUUUUACUCGCAGCACCGAUGCAGCGUCUUUGGCUGUGGUGAGUCCCGGUAUGACCUCACACCAUGGUGCAAACUACACCAGGACGCCAAGGGGCGAGAGGCUGCUGAUAACCCAGCACCCAGCCAAUCUUUGAGUAAUGCAGUGCGGAAAUGCCAGGUCUGCGACAUCCCCUUCACGGACAUGACCAACACCGUCCCGCAGGAUGGACCGGGUUGUUGCUCACGGCACCGAUGCAACCACCAGGGCUGCUACAAGCCGAGGGCUGGAAAUGCUGCCAUCUUCAACCUCCAUCGGUUCAAGCCCUUUGCGAGUGGAAGGCAAAUUUCUAACUUGGCCUGCGCGGAGCACAGCCCGCACACUCCGACGCCCAGCGCAACGCAGUCACAUUUUCGACGCUGCGAGGCCUGUGGCGCCUCCAUCAAGGACAUAAACCUGCCUGCCUUCCCGAGCGGAGUGUGUUAUUGCGCACCUCACCGAUGCACCCACCCCGGUUGUCCCAAGCCGCGAGUGGAAAUAUUUGGCGAACUCACCUGGUUUUGUGAGGAGGGCCAUUUGUCUACGCCAUUGUUGCCAUCCCAGCCAGGGACCCGAACAGCAACACCUCCACUUGUGUCACCGAUAUCACCGAAGCCACCAAAGCCCACGACACCUGAUCCUCCGCCUUGCGAAGCAUGCGUCAAUGCCAAAGCCAAAACAGGAUUCGAUAGCAAGUGCAGUCGACAUCGUUGUACAUGGCCUGGAUGCAGUUCCCCACGGGCUGAUUCCUGGCACUGCUCGUCUCAUCUGGGAUGGGAAGAUAUCAGGUUUCCUCCCAAGGCUACUCCCGUUGCUCCCACUCCUCCGACAAAGCAGAGGCAUUCACGUGUGCGAUCACUGCUCAACUGGAAGCCCCUCCUACGAAACCGUAAAGACAGCCGUUCAGACCCAGACACCUUACCUGAACCUCCGCCCCCUACUGAAACUGAGACGAAGGAGCCCCCAAUCAAACAGCCUCCAAGAUAUUCGACAAUAAUCCAGGAAGAAUGUACCACUCUACUCGAAAAGGAGCAGCACGAUGCGGGUUGGCAUCAGUGCCAUGCUACCGCCUGCCAAGACCGCGUUCUCAGCGAAGAAGUCUGGGUCUGCCAAAAGCAUCUAGAUCAAGGAUUUUACGACCCCGAUGACCCACCUGGUUUCAUGGACAGUCCUGUUUGACGAGACCGAUCUUUUGGAGUGGCCGGAAGGUUUAUCAUUUGUGGAUAUCAGGUGAUCGUAUUUUUGGUAGACGGAGAAGGAGUAGCAAGGUUACGACUCAACCGCUCGUCCUGCUUGAAGGAACACUAAAAUGCAACCUUCCUCGAUAUCCCUUGCGAGACCGACAACGGCGACAGAGCCGCCACCCUGCCAACGCGCGAGACCAUCGUGAGAACCUCGUUGGGAAGCAGCCACCAAAGUUUGUGCAGGCUUAGAGGCGCUCCUGCUCACAGUGUUGCGGAGAAUGGCCGACGUCGGAGAAUCAAGGUCGCGAUGUCUCCUGGUGU